GCGCUCGGUAAACUAGGGUUUCUCUCUCUCUCUCUCUCUCUCUCUCUCUCUCUCUCUCUCGUUUUCGCUCUUUCCGCCCCUUUUACCGUUGGAGUGGCGAUGGCGGGAAAGAAGAGGAAGGGGACUCCGGCGACGGCUGCGGCGCCGCCGCCGCGCCGCGCCGCCCUCGACGACGACGUCAGCGUCGUCUCCUCCAAGAAGCGCUCGCGCCCCCUGAAGCAGCACCAAAGCGAACAAAAGAUGGUGUCUUCCGACCUUAGCGCGAAGAUUUUGAGGGAAGCCCUAAAGCAGCAGAAGGAGAUCCUUCAAGAAGAGGAGGAUGACCACCCCACUCCCUUCUCCGCCGUCUCCUCCGCCCCUCCUCCCCGAUUGGAGGAGGAUGACGAUGACGACGACGACGUUGAUGGCUUCGAUGGGUUCUCCGAUACCCAGAGCCGGUGCGAUGAUGCAGUGCCGGAGAUCGAUGAGGAGGACGAGAGGGUUUUGGCGGCCUUCAUGCAGGAUGGUGCCGCGCCGCAGCUCACAUUGGCGGAUCUAAUCAUUCAGAAAAUCAAAGAGAAGGAUGCUGAUGUUACCUCCGAAGCACGGCCAGUUCCUAAAUUGGACAGUAGUAUCAUCGACCUUUAUAAGGGGGUUGGCAAGUUGUUAAGUCGAUAUACAUCCGGGAAAGUUCCCAAAGCAUUCAAACACAUUCCAGCGCUAGAACUUUGGGAGGAUGUAUUGUAUUUAACUGAGCCUGAAAAUUGGUCCCCCAAUGCAAUGUACCAAGCAACACGAAUUUUCUCUUCAAAUAUGAAUUCCAAGAAGGCACGGCGUUUCUACAAUCUUGUGCUACUCCCACGUGUUAGAGAGGAUAUCAGAAAGAAUAAGAGACUUCACUUUGCUCUUUACCAAGCACUAAAGAAGUCCCUGUAUAAACCAGCUGCAUUUUUCAAGGGAAUUCUUUUUCCACUGUGUCAGUCAGGAACUUGCACUCUCAGAGAAGCAGUUAUAAUUGGAAGCAUAAUCGAAAAAGUCACCAUUCCUUCCCUUCACUCAAGUGCAGCACUGAUGAAAUUGGCAGAGAUGGACUACUGUGGCACCACAAGUUAUUUCAUCAAACUAUUUCUGGACAAAAAGUAUGCAUUACCUUACCGAGUGCUUGAUGCUGUAGUUGCACAUUUCAUGAGGUUCCUCGCGGACGAAAGGGUCAUGCCUGUCAUAUGGCAUCAAUCUCUUCUCGCAUUUGUACAAAGGUAUAAGAAUGAACUGGAAAAGAAGGAUAAGGAAAAUCUCGAACGUUUAAUGCAACAUCAGAAACAUUAUUUGGUUACUCCUGAAAUCCGCCGAGAACUUAAAAACAGCCGCAACCGAGGCGAAAAAGAGGAUGAUCUCAUGUCAAUUUCUUCUAUUUCUGUGGUCAACAAACCGAUCGAGGAAGAUCGAUGGGACUACCCAGAAGUUCCGAUGGAAGAGGAUUGAAUGGUUUGAUCCACUCCUAGUAAUCAAUUUUGGCAAUUGAUGGAAUUUUUGUAUGCAUUCAAGACGAACAAAUUCCUUCGCCAUUAAUUAUGUUGUGAUGGUAGCUCCAGUUAAGUGGAAGAUUGAUUCUUCUCUCUCGAUCCAGGUGGGCUCUAUUUCAUCGAGUUGCAGCAGGAUAUAAAGUAUACAAUACUUUAAAGCUGUUUUUGUUCCGUUUUCCAUGAUUGUGGUAGUUUGAGCUUUCUUUCCUCCCUCGCUCUCCAAUUUUUACAGAAUGUAAUACACAGAAAACAAGUUGCAUGCAGCAGCGGAUUUAAAUGUCUGAGUUAUUUGAUUUAUUAUCUUUUA